ACUAAGCCAAUGGGUGUUAUUGACAAACCUAAUGGUAUGUCUCUGUGCAUUUGUCACCCAGUCAAUAUCAGUAGCUGUGAGGGUGCAUGUGGUAACAAUCCAUCAGCACCUUCCCUUUGACAAGGCUUUGUUCCAUAAACCAUUGAGAAGGUGAACUAACCAAGCAGCCUCAGAGCUAUUAGCACAGCUUAGGACAAUCAUGGACGGCUAUAAAAGGGCAGCCAGUGCUUCAAGAAAUCAUUCACUCAAUCCAAGACUGAUGAGCAAAGCAACUGGUGCUAAAGUCAUGGCAACAUCAUUCUCCAUCCAAGAUAUCCUCUCCAAGAAAGACAAGCGACAUGAAUCUACCUCCCCCACAGCCCCCCAGGCCCAAGCAUCGCCUGAGAGCAGCCCUGACUCUGGGCCACAAGUGUCUGUUCUGAAUGAUUCUAGUUUGCAGUUUGGUGAGAGCUCCUCCCGCAAGAGAAACAGAGAGGGUUCAGAUGCUUCAGGUUCUGGUUGCAGCUCUGAAGUGUUCCUUAGUGACUCAGAUUCCCCUGGUCCUGUUGACCUGGAUGCCCUCGCUGCCCUCGAUUGCCGCAGACGGACUAAACGUCCUCGCACGGCCUUCACCUCCUCACAGCUCAAGGGCCUCGAGUACUACUUCCGACACUGCGCCUAUCCCGAUGGUAAUGGACGUGACGUCAUCACCAGGGUAACUGGAGUAGAAGAUGCUAGAAUCCAAGUCUGGUUUCAAAACCGACGUGCACGAUACAGGAAGAGAGAGCUACCUCUGAAGAAACCAUCUGUGUCUCUAACCCCUCCUCCACAACCUCCCACCCCCAGGCCGCAGCUGAGCCCACCACCUCUCACACCUGGCACACCAGUCUCUUCGAUCGACUCUUACUAUGCAGCAGUGAUGGCGUACUACAUGCAAGCUUAUCAGAAUGGUCAUCCCACGUACCUGCCCCUCCCCCCCGGCACUCUACCAACUCCACCCCCUCAAACCUCCGCUAUGAACGAACAAUCUAACUGAACUGGAUCCCCGAUUAAACGAACACUAAUUGAUCUUAGAACU